UGGUCCUUUUAACUUCAUUGCUGGAGCAGAAGCAACGCCCCGAAGGAUCAAACACCCCCUCUGAUCUGCACGACCCUCACUUUUGUUCUCAUGGAAAUCAGAGCCAGCCUCCCGGCCACACUUUCUGCAGAGAUCCAAAGUUAAAGGCGCAUUCCCGGCCGGGACAGCUCGUGAUCAUGACGUUUCGGUGGAGCUGAUCGUUUCUCCCCGUGUGCGUGUAUUCUUUGUCGCUGUUUCUUGCCGCUGCUCUCCAACCGGACACUUUUUUGUUUUCCUUUCCAACAUGCUGGAUUUGACGCAGGGCAUUGUUUUCUGCGCGCUCCUCGCCUCCGUUUACGCUUCUUGCCCUUCGCGCUGCGAGUGCUCAGAGGCGGCUCACACCGUGAAGUGUGUCUCCAAAGACCUGCAGAGUAUCCCGGCUGGGAUCCCGGGAUACACGAGGAAUCUGUUUAUAACGGGGAAUCAGAUCAGCCGGAUCGGUCCGGAGUCUUUCAAAGGGUUGGAGAAUGUUACCAACCUAUCUCUGAGCAAUAACAGAAUUUCUGAGGUGGAAUCCCUCACCUUCAAAAGACUGCACAGGCUUCGCUCUCUGGAUCUGAGCAACAACCAGCUGGCUGUUAUUCAUCCUGAGGCCUUUGCCGUCCUGAACCAGUCUCUGCGGGAGCUCAACCUGAGCCGAGCCCUCUACAACCACCCUGCGGUGACCAACUUGAGCACGGCUCUCCACUGGAGCUCCCUGGAGACCCUGAGAGCACUGGACCUGUCGGACAACAGUCUCAUCUUUUUGCCCCCGCGCAUUUUCUCCUACCUGAGCAGCUUGCGGAUGCUCCGGCUUUCCAACAACUCCCUGGUGGCCAUCCACAACUCCACCCUUUCGGGUUUAGAGCAGCUGGAGGUGCUCGACCUGACGCUCAACGCCCUCAAGACUCUGUCAGAAGAGGGCCUCCAAGAGCUGGACUCCCUGCCCAGAGCUGCUCUCCUGCUGGGAGAGAACCCGUUCACGUGCACAUGUGGAAUUGAACCUUUUGCUCAGUGGCUCAACAGGUCACAGAAUCGCAUCAGAGACGUCGAGAGCCUCGCGUGCGCCUUCCCGGCCAGCAUGAGAAACACGUCCCUGCUUGCCGUGGGGACGAUGACUCUGGGAUGCCACGAGAGAGAUGCUGCGGCAGACCUCGCUCUGCAGACCUCUUAUGUCUUCUUGGGUAUAGUCCUGGGCUUCAUCGGUCUCAUCUUCCUCUUUGUACUCUACCUCAACCGCAAAGGCAUCAAGAAGCGCAUCUACGACAUGCGAGACGCCUGCAGGGAGGUGUGGGAAGGCUACCAUUACCGCUUCGAAAUGGACUCUGACCCCAGGUUAUCACAGGUCUCCAACAGCGCUGAUGUGUGAGAGGACAUUUUGCUGUAUUUUCUGAUGAGACAGACUUUCUCACCCCCACACACAUAUAUGAGUAAAAAAGUGUAUAAAAUGUACAGAUGUGUAAAUAUAUACAAAGCAACAUGUUCAGAGCCUUUGAGCCAUGGUGACUGAAGCAUGCACUGCCCAUCUCUCCCCAUUUAAGCCGGGUCUAUCGCUAUUCCUUUGCUGUCCCGAGUGGGCACGAUUGUUCCAAAAAGACUAUGCUGGCUGCCUUUUCUUAUAUCUGCUCCUGCUCUUUAUGUACUCCACAAAAGUAACAGCAAGUGCCUAAAGUCAGGUAUUGUUUUCCACAUGGCACAGUCAUUCAGUAUUUAGCUGUUUGAAAAGAAGCAACAAAACGCUGCCAUACAAACUCGACACUAUUAAAACAAACCUCUGGGAAUUUAAAGCACAAUCACUCAUUCAUCUUUAAACCAUUUCACCCCACCUCCUCCCUCCCAGGGUGCUGGAGGGGAAUUAAACCACCAGAAAGCUUUUCCAAACGCUCUCCUUAAAAUAAUAAUAAUAAAAGAAAAAUAUCACCGCUCCGCUCCUCUUUGGCAGUCGGAUAAGAGGGAGGGGUGGACAAUCCAGCGCAGACCAGCGGAACUCUUCCGGCCCCCCUUCUGCUAUUUUUUUUUCAAUGAAAUGUCGCUUUGUGUCAAUUCCUUGAGUUUUAUUGUCAAAAUGAUGAGAACCAGUCCCCGGGCCCGAGGCCGCUGAAAGCAGUCUCCCUCCCUCUCUCCCUCCUUAAAGACAACAGGCUGCUCUAGAGGCUCUUUGAAAGAAAAGUUUGGCUCUCCACAUUUUUUUGUUUAAGGGAUUUUUUCUCUCUCUUUCCGAUGAUAAGAUACAGAUGAUUCUGAAACACCAGCUACAUUGUUUCAUUCAGCGGUUUGCUCUGACCAGUUAAGGGCAUUAAGUCUUGUGAAAAGGAAGAAGAAUAUGCUCUUGGCUUUUAGUUUUUCAUUUCGAGAGAAGUGUCCUUUUAGGGGAAGUUGUUUUUCCAAUAAUUCUUCGUUCACCUCUUUAACAUCCAGAAGGUCAUCGGUAACCAUCUAGGGUCAGGGGUAGGUUUACGGUUACUUUACCACCACCCCCACAAACCCUGGGCUCAAACCCUACCCCUGACACUUAGGUGGACUGCUGAUGACGCGGUGGGGGGUAGAAAUUAAACAUAAAUGUACAUGCAUGUCAAUCCAGCAUGGCCAAAAUAAAUCAAAAUGUAUCCUUACAGCAUAUUUAUUUCAGCCAUUCUCGUCUUCAUAGAAGACAAAAGCGAUUCUCUCAGGCCUUCAGAGGCUCCAAAUUCAGACAAACACACAGAGCGGAUGGCAAGCUGCCAUCAUCAGUUUGUUUAUUACCCACAUUUCUUGCUGUCUGUGGGGCAAAGGAGGCCUGCAGUUACGUGAAACAGCCUCGCCUUUGUUUGAUGCCAAAGUAGCAUCUUCAUCCCAUCAAGAUGUUCUCCAUACUCCCCUGAUAGCGGCCCAGAAGCGUUUAUAACCUGGAACCAGUUCACUGCAUGUGGAAUGACAAAGCAUUAGAAAGUUGUACAUGUCUGUGCUGUCAUUUAGCCCAAAUGUAACCUUGUGCGUUAUGCAAACAGCCGAAAUGAACGUACUGUUAAUGUCCGGAGGUAUCAUUUCUCCCGAGCCGCGGCACCACAUUAAGCCGGGCAUUUACUCGGCGAUGAGAAAACAAUUGAGGCUCGUACGCCGUGCACAAAGGGACGGCUCGGGUGGCGAGACGCCUCAAAUGAGCUUUGUUUCCCGGCGCUGAAAAGACGCCUUGUUGACACUCAUUCUGUUUCUGUUUUCACAGACGGCCAUUAUGCUGUCACGUAAUAGGAUUCACUCACGAUGACAAAGUCGAGCGCUCUGAUCCAGCUAUUGUUCAAGUGUCAUCAUUCCUAAUAAUCUCCUCCUGGGGGGAAAAUCCCGGGAAAAGUUUUCAUUUGGCAUUACGCAACGUGUCACAACCGGGACAUUAAGCCGGCCACAGGUCAUUGGUGUCAAUUUGCAAGACAGAGAGAAGAAGAAUGAUUCUCUGCAUGUCAUUACUUCCGUUUUCACUCAUUAAAGUGUGGAUUUGAAGCAGU